AUGCUCUUCGCAAUCAUGUUCGCCCUUUGGCGCUUCAUGGAGAUAUUGACCCUCGUCCCCAUCGUCGGCAUGCUCUCCUACUUCGUCAACAUCAACCUCUCCGCCAACCUCAUGACCCCAACCUCCAUCCUCGUCCUCUUCAUCGUCUCCGUCCUCGCCCUCGCCUGGGCAGUUUUUACUCUUUUCUUCUACCACCGCUCCUCCAACAACGCCCAAUUCGUCGGGUUCGUCGACCUCUGCCUCUUUGGCGCGCUCAUCGCGGGCGUGUACUACCUCCGUGGGAUCGCCAACGCAGAUUGCUCCUCUGGGGCGAUUUUGCGACAAAACGGGUGGCUGGUUGUCAGCGUUAACUUUGACAAGACCUGCGGGAUGCUCAAGGCUUGCUUUGCGAUGGGAAUCAUGAAUGUUGUCUUCUUUUUUAUCACGGCGGUGAUGGCGUGGGUGCAUGGGAGGCAUACGGCGAGGGAUGAGAAGGUUAGGUAUGUGGAGACGAGGAGGGUGAGUAGGUCGAGGGGGGGGUCGAGGAGCUCGAGGAGGUCGAGGAGUUAUUCUGGGAGCAGGGGGCAUAGCCAUCAUCGGGCUUAUGUUUGA